CGACCCGGGCGGCUUCUCGCACGCCCGGGACAAGUCUCAGCCACCUGCUCCGGAGCCCGGGCGCCCGGCGCCAUCCGCGCGCGUCGGUGCGUGCGCCCAGGGCCCAUGGAGCCGCCCGCCAGCAAUGCCAGCUAUGCCAGCUGCGAGAACGGUUCCCUGAUCACCCUAUACUGCUCCUCCCAGCAAGUCCUGUGCCAGAUCGUCGGUGACCUCAACCCCCAGGCACCCAGCAAUGUCACCUCUAACAGCUGGCAUGAGAGGUUCACGAAGAACUACAGCUUCUACGUCGGCCUGGGUCUGGCCUUCCUGUCCUGCUUCCUCAUCGGCAGCAGCGUCAUCCUCAAGAAGAAAGGCCUCCUGCGUCUGGUGGCCUCGGGGGCCACGCGGGCUGUGGACGGAGGCUAUGGCUACCUGAAGGACUCAAUGUGGUGGGCCGGAUUUCUCACCAUGGCUGCUGGAGAAAUCGCCAACUUCGGGGCCUACGCGUUCGCUCCUGCGACAGUCAUCACACCUCUGGGAGCGCUGAGUGUCCUCAUCAGUGCCAUCCUUUCCUCCUAUUUCCUGGGAGAGAGUCUGAACCUGCUGGGGAAGCUGGGCUGUGUGAUCUGUGUGACCGGCAGCACAGUGAUGGUGAUACAUGCCCCCGAGGAGGAGAAGGUCACCACUGUCAUUGAGAUGGCUGCCAAGAUGAAAGACACAGGGUACAUCGUGUUUGCUGUGCUGCUGCUGGUCUUCUGCCUCAUCCUCAUCUUCGUCGUCGCCCCACGUUACGGACAAAGGAACAUCCUCGUCUACAUCGUCAUCUGCUCUGUGAUCGGGGCCUUCUCGGUGUCUGCCGUCAAGGGUCUGGGCAUCACCAUCAAGAACUUCUUCCAGGGGAUGCCAGUCGUGCGGCACCCCCUCCCCUACAUCCUGUCCCUCAUCCUCGCCCUUUCGCUCAGCACUCAGGUCAACUUCCUCAACAGGGCGCUGGACAUCUUCAAUACCUCCCUGGUGUUCCCCAUCUACUACGUGUUCUUCACCACCAUCGUGGUCACCUCCUCCAUCAUCCUCUUCAAGGAGUGGCACAGCAUGUCCGCCGUGGACAUCGUGGGCACCCUCUCGGGCUUCGUCACCAUCAUCCUGGGUGUGUUCAUGCUUCAUGCUUUCAGAGACCUGGACAUGAGCCAGACACGCUUGCCCCACAUGCACAAAACCCCCACCCCGGCCCCCGCCCCCGAGCCCACUGUCAUCAGACUCGAAGACAAGAAUGUCCUCGUGGACAAUAUAGAACUCUCCAGGACCCCCUCGCCAGAAGAGAAGCCCAAAGUAUUUAUCGUCCAUUCUUAAAGCUCAGGGAUCCCGAGUGAGGAUGAGCCCCGUGGUACAGCCUGACUUCUCGGUGUGGGAAGUUAUUUUCAGCACAGCUGUUACCGACGGGCUCUCGUUUCUGAGACGUUUAUUUAUACCUCAUCGCUGUUUCCAGGAGGAAAACCCUGACCCACUGAGUGGUGGGGACAGAACUUCCUGGGAUCACAGCCUCAGUGACCAAAUGCCCUGCUGAUACUGUUGCCAGCAGGACCCCUGGACCUCCCUUCCCACGUGUUUCCUGGGUGCCAUCUGUAUGUGGGUGGGAAGAAGACAGAAUCUGACCUGUUGAAUGUAGCACAGUCUAAGGACUUCCCUGAGAUGUUGGUCGUCAGGAAAUCCUCAGCGCCAUUCUCCUGAGACUGACUCGCCAUUCCUCAGCCCAAAGACGAGGCUCAGCGCGAUCGCCAUGCCUCCCUGUCCAGAGACACAGCUAAGGAAAAAUGUCUUGCUGCUUUCGCCGCUUCCUCUUUCUUUGGAGACAGAAAUAAGACCUCAACUGACCUUCUUACUGUGAAAGUCACCUGGUGUCUCAGGGAAACAUUUUCACCAGCCCCACUCCCCAAGUACUCCAGUCCAGAGGUGGGCAUCUUCGUUCCCAUGGCCUCCUCCCCCAUGCCUGCCCCUCUCCUCUCUCCUUACACCUUAAGGAGUCCGUCACUGAGAUGUUCAGGCAGUUAUCUCAGAACUCAAAGGAAAGCGACAACCACCACAACGAAAGAUGCUUCGCAGCCAAGCUCUGCUGGCCAAACCCAGUGUGUCCUUCUGCCUCCGAGAACAGCAAUUGCACUGCUCUUAAACGGGCCCUGUCGAGCUCUUGGCAGAUGCACUUUUCUUUUCGUCGAGGAGUGAAACAAAAUAUUUGGAAGAUGGGGAGAGUGAAGAGCAAAGUCAGGAUUUGGCAGGAAGCAGCCACUGGCUCCAUGGAAACCAGGAGCUAACUUUUGUGUUUACUUUGGUGCCCAACCAACUCACCAGGCAGAGAGGGCUCUGGGUAAUUUCUGGGCUCCAGCCUUAGAGGCUUGGCCAUUGGGACCAGCUUUGAACUUCAGUGACCAAGUGGAGUGUAGGCUUGGCACGGGAGCAUCUGGCUGUUGACCAGAUUGCCACCAAGCCCCCAGUUCCCCUGAUGAGCUGCCCACCUGGGAAGCAGCGUGUCAUGAUGCUCCAAUACCACCUGCUUUGGGGACUGCUGUUGGUCCCCUCACACUUGGCCAGAGGCACUCACAAAACAGGAGCAGCUGGAAAGAGAGAUACUUGAUAUCCUUCCCUUCAACUCUGCUUUCCAGCUGCAGGAGAGUGUGAGUUGGUACAAGGACUACUGAAUGGAGCCAAGUAUCUGUAAAGAGGGAGGAGUUGACCCUCAGUCCCCGAGCUGGGGCAGCUCCUCCCCUGAGAGCUCCCUGCUGCACCCUGUGUUUACAUACCACCCUCCCCCACCCCCACCCCCGGUGCAGCCAAGCCCAGGCCAGUCUCUUGCUGGCCUUGGAGCUCCCAAGGUGCAGCUGACCAACAGGCUGGCUUCCUGCACCUCCAGCCUCAAAUCCCCAGUUGUUAAGGAAUGUGGAUUUCUGUCUGUAACUAAAAUCAAUGCAACAUGUUGGAUCUUGGGAAUAGCAGUAAUCUGAGGGCCCUGAGAGUGUGGUCUGCAGGGUCAAGAAUAAAGACCUUCGGGUGUGUUUACUUUA